UAUCUUCUAUAAUGCUCCGUAACUUCGGGAUUAUGUUAACUGGGUUGCAAAGAACAGAGCAAUUAGGAAAAGUGUGUAAUAGUAAAAUUAGUGAUUUUCUGACCCUCCACAGAAAGAGCAGUGAGGCUCACAAGUUUAAAGGAAUUGUUCAGUUGGGUGAUGCAGAAGGGAUGCAGCCUUGUUAUUAACAUUGAAAAGUUUAAUUACAUUUCAUUAUACUAUGCUAGCUUCUCUUAAUUGCUAAAAGGGGACUAUGAAAGGAAAACCAAAAAGGCUCAAUCUCUAGGAGUUUUUCCCCUCGGCUUUGUAAUGUAAAUGUGCCCGUGUGGAUAUUAAAACUCACACAUUCCAUCCAUCUCACAGGCUUUUAAGGGAAGGGUCACCUGACUUCACCUAGAGCCGCCCCCUCCCUUUCCCAGAGGGAAUCCAAAAGUGAGAGACAGGCAGACUUGCGUAGAGCCCAGGUUCUCAUGCAGUGAGAUGUAAAUGACCCUGACUGAAUGGGAAUCCAGUGAGGUGGCUAGUGGGGGGUGGGGGAAGAGACAGGAGGGAGAGAGCAAACGCCAGAGAGAGAGAGAGAGAGAGAGAGAGAGAGAGAGAGAGAGAGAGAGAGAGAGAGAGAGAGAGAGAGAGCAAGCGCUAGAGAGAGAGAGAGAGCGAGCUGCAUGCUUCAUCUUUGAGGGGAGGGAAAACAAAAGACCUCAGGAGCAGUUUUGUGUUGCUGUGUCUGGCUUCAAGAAGAAAAUUCUAGACAUUUAUGCCGGCAAGACCAAAGCUCAGCUAAGACUACUUCUCCCAAGAAGAUAAUUGUAUCAGAGGAUGGGUUGGAUCAGUACAGGUGGUUUGAGGAGACGCUGACAGAGGACCAUGGAAAGGUGGGAGAGGACGCGCGGCUCCUGGGCUUCCUCUGAGCUCAGCUCCAGAUUUGACGUGCCUCACUGAUGAGUAAUGUGUGCAGAGAAGUGCCUUCUGGGGCUGUGUCCCAGUCAGCCCUCCGUUCCACCCAGGACCGUCCUAUCAUCCGCACAGGCAGAGUUAUGGAGACGAAAAUGACUGUGUGUUCAUGCCACACAAAGUGAUUUAGGCUCCUUGGGUAGCAGGCACCACAAGGCCACAUAAGGAGGGUGAGGUCCCUGGAGUGGACUACAUUUUCAUAACCGUUGAGGAGUUUAUGGAAUUGGAGAAAAGUGGUGCUCUCCUAGAAAGCGGGACCUAUGAAGACAACUACUACGGUACCCCGAAGCCUCCAGCUGAACCAGCACCAUUAUUAAAUGUAACAGACCAGAUACUUCCGGGAGCUACUCCAAGUGCUGAGGGGAAGCGGAAAAGAAAUAAGUCAGUGACCAACAUGGAGAAAGCAAGUAUAGAGCCUCCAGAGGAGGAAGAAGAAGAAAGGCCUGUAGUCAAUGGAAACGGCGUGGUCAUAACCCCAGAAUCCAGUGAACAUGAAGACAAAAGUGCAGGUGCCUCAGGGGAGACACCCUCCCAGCCUUACCCUGCACCCGUGUACAGCCAGCCCGAAGAGCUCAAGGACCAGAUGGACGAUACAAAGCCAACAAAGCCUGAGGAGAACGAGGACUCUGAUCCAUUGCCUGAUAACUGGGAAAUGGCCUACACAGAGAAGGGGGAAGUCUACUUCAUUGACCAUAACACAAAGACAACAUCAUGGCUGGAUCCGCGACUUGCGAAAAAGGCUAAACCUCCAGAAGAGUGCAAAGAAAAUGAGCUUCCAUAUGGCUGGGAAAAAAUCGAUGAUCCUAUAUAUGGCACUUACUAUGUUGACCACAUAAAUAGAAGAACACAGUUUGAAAACCCUGUCCUGGAAGCAAAAAGGAAGCUACAGCAACAUAACAUGCCCCACACAGAACUUGGAGCAAAGCCCCUGCAGGCCCCAGGUUUCCGAGAAAAGCCACUCUUCACCCGGGAUGCAUCCCAGUUGAAGGGAACGUUCCUCAGCACCACCCUCAAAAAGAGCAACAUGGGCUUUGGGUUUACCAUCAUUGGUGGAGACGAGCCGGAUGAGUUUCUACAGGUGAAAAGUGUGAUCCCGGAUGGGCCUGCCGCACAGGAUGGGAAAAUGGAGACAGGUGAUGUCAUUGUCUAUAUUAAUGAAGUUUGUGUCCUUGGACACACUCAUGCAGAUGUUGUCAAACUUUUCCAGUCUGUUCCUAUUGGUCAGAGUGUCAACUUGGUGUUGUGUCGUGGCUACCCUUUGCCCUUUGACCCUGAAGAUCCUGCUAACAGCAUGGUGCCACCCCUUGCAAUAAUGGAGAGGCCACCUCCGGUGAUGGUCAAUGGAAGACAUAACUAUGAAACAUACUUGGAAUACAUUUCUCGGACCUCACAGUCGGUCCCAGAUAUUACAGACCGGCCACCUCAUUCUUUGCACUCCAUGCCAGCUGACGGCCAGCUAGAUGGCACGUAUCCACCACCCGUCCAUGACGACAAUGUGUCUAUGGCUUCGUCUGGAGCCACUCAAGCUGAACUUAUGACCUUAACCAUUGUGAAAGGUGCCCAGGGAUUUGGCUUUACUAUUGCCGACAGUCCCACGGGACAGCGGGUGAAACAAAUCCUUGACAUUCAGGGAUGCCCUGGGCUGUGUGAAGGAGACCUCAUUGUUGAGAUCAACCAACAGAAUGUACAGAACCUGAGCCAUACAGAAGUAGUGGAUAUACUUAAGGACUGCCCCGUUGGAAGUGAGACUUCUUUAAUCAUCCAUCGAGGAGGUUUCUUUUCUCCAUGGAAAACUCCAAAGCCUAUGAUGGACCGAUGGGAGAACCAAGGCAGUCCACAAACAAGUUUAUCUGCUCCGGCCGUCCCACAGAACCUGCCCUUCCCACCUGCCCUUCACAGGAGCUCCUUUCCUGAUUCAACAGAGGCCUUUGACCCACGGAAGCCUGACCCAUAUGAGCUCUACGAGAAAUCGAGAGCCAUUUAUGAAAGUAGGCAACAAGUGCCACCCAGGACCAGUUUUCGAAUGGAUUCCUCUGGUCCAGAUUAUAAGGAACUGGAUGUUCACCUUCGGAGGAUGGAGUCUGGAUUUGGCUUUAGAAUCCUUGGGGGAGAUGAACCUGGACAGCCUAUUUUGAUCGGAGCCGUCAUUGCCAUGGGCUCAGCUGACAGAGACGGCCGUCUACACCCAGGAGAUGAGCUUGUCUAUGUCGAUGGGAUCCCAGUGGCUGGCAAGACCCACCGCUAUGUCAUCGACCUCAUGCACCACGCGGCCCGCAAUGGGCAGGUUAACCUCACUGUGAGAAGAAAGGUGCUAUGUGGAGGGGAGCCCUGCCCAGAGAAUGGGAGGAGUCCAGGCUCUGUAUCAACUCACCACAGCUCUCCGCGCAGUGACUAUGCCACCUACUCCAACAGCAACCACGCCGCCCCCAGCAGCAAUGCCUCACCUCCUGAAGGCUUUGCCUCACACAGCUUGCAGACCAGUGAUGUGGUCAUUCACCGCAAAGAAAACGAAGGGUUUGGCUUCGUCAUCAUCAGCUCUCUGAACAGGCCUGAGUCUGGAGCCACCAUAACUGUGCCCCAUAAAAUUGGACGAAUCAUUGAUGGGAGCCCUGCAGAUCGCUGUGCCAAACUCAAAGUGGGCGACCGUAUCUUAGCAGUCAACGGCCAGUCUAUCAUCAACAUGCCUCACGCUGACAUUGUGAAGCUCAUCAAGGACGCCGGUCUCAGUGUCACCCUUCGCAUCAUUCCUCAGGAGGAGCUCAACAGCCCAACAUCAGCACCCAGUUCAGAGAAACAGAGCCCCAUGGCCCAGCAGCACAGCCCUCUGGCCCAGCAGAGUCCUCUGGCCCAGCCAAGCCCCGCCACCCCCAACAGCCCAGUCGCACAGCCAGCUCCUCCCCAACCUCUCCAGCUGCAAGGACACGAAAAUAGUUACAGGUCAGAAGUUAAAGCGAGGCAAGAUGUGAAGCCAGACAUCCGGCAGCCUCCCUUCACAGACUACAGGCAGCCCCCGCUGGACUACAGGCAGCCCCCGGGAGGAGACUACUCACAGCCCCCACCCUUGGACUACAGGCAGCACUCUCCAGACACCAGGCAGUACCCUCUGUCAGACUACAGGCAGCCACAGGAUUUUGAUUAUUUCACUGUGGACAUGGAGAAAGGAGCCAAAGGAUUUGGAUUCAGCAUUCGUGGAGGAAGGGAAUACAAGAUGGAUCUGUAUGUGUUGAGAUUGGCAGAGGAUGGGCCAGCCAUAAGGAACGGCAGGAUGAGGGUAGGAGAUCAGAUCAUUGAAAUAAAUGGGGAAAGCACACGAGACAUGACCCACGCCAGAGCAAUAGAACUCAUCAAGUCUGGAGGAAGAAGAGUGCGGCUGCUGCUGAAGAGAGGCACGGGGCAGGUCCCGGAGUAUGACGAACCCCACGCCUGGAGUGCUGCCGCUGCCGCCGCCCCAGGCCUGCCGGAAGUAGGCGUCUCCCUCGAAGACAUCCUCUCUCCAUUCUCUCCAUCACAUCCAGCCCCACCCUCCGACCCUUCCCACCAGAUAGGCCCAGACCCAACUUGGGAUAUCCAAAGGGAACACGACGUUAGGAAACCAAAGGAGCUUUCGGCCGGCGGCCAGAAGAAGCAGCGCCUGGGGGAGCAGAGGGAGCGCUCGGCGAGCCCGCAGCGCAGUGCGCGGCCCAGGCUGGAGGAGGUGCCCGGCGGCCAGGGGCGGCCCGAGGCCGGCAGGCCCGCCUCGGAGGCGGCCGACGGGAAGGAGGCGCUGCGCGGCCGGCGUGAGGGCCUCGGGGCCGCGGGCGCGCGGGAGGCCGAGGCCAAGGUGGGUGUGCGCUCGGGGGCCCGACCCGCAGCGCGGCCCACGGGGGGCGGCCCAGCGCGCAAGGCGACGAUGGCGCCGGGGCCCUGGAAGGUGCCGGGCUCCGACAAGCUGCCGGGCGCCCUGCAGCCUGGCGCCUCGGCCGCGGGCAGAUGAGCCCCAAGGCGAGGGGCCCCCGCCCGCCUCCACGCAGGCCGAUCUUCCUGGGUUCCGUCUCACGGCGUUUUAAUUUAUUUCCACUGUCACACGCAUAGAUCUAUACGAGGCGCCGAAGCCCGGGAGCGCCGGCGUGCGACGCGCGUAGGCGGCACGGCACGGUGUGCGCGCAGGCAGACCUAAACUGAUCCUAAAGCCCCCGGUUCCAUGGUGGGAGCUUUGGCAGCUACGGAAGAACCAAAAUCACGCAAACAUCACAGAGAGACAGUGCAGUGUAGCUUUAGAUUCAAAAAGAGAAAAAGAAAAAAGUUCCCCCCACUGCAUGAAGGAUUUGGAUGUCAUCCAAACUUUAUAUCAAGAAACUGGACAAGUUCAGAGCAAUCACAAACUGGAAUAUCGCCUUAAAAAAAAAUCAAACUGCACGGAGCAAGCGGAAACUGAGACAAGAUUAUAUCUUUUAAUUGAUCUAAAGUGUUGUAAAUAAAUCGUUCUUGACAUAUCUAGACAGGGGAUAAAGGGUUUCUUUGAAACAUCCAGAACUGUUCUCCCAUGCUACGUUUCCAUGGCUCCCCCUUCAGCAUCCACCAACGGUAUUAGCAGCAGCGUCCCCUGCCUACUGCAGGAUGAGUUAGAAACCUAGUGAAUUCAUUGGUGUGAUGCCUUUUUUACUGCCAUUUCUGUGGUCAAGUCACAUUUCUGUACAUUUUCAGUAGUAGGGAAAAAAGGUUUUAAAAAUUGUAUCCUAGGGAGCAGUUUGCCGUAAGUCAGAAUUUUGCAGGUUAGCUCGUAGAUCCUAAUUGGUUGCCUCUAAAAUAAUGAGUUUGAUAAUCAAAAGACCAUAAUCUGUUUAAUCGAGAUUGACAACGCUGCAGUUCCUUCCUGAAAAGGCUUCCUGUCAUCCCAGGCACUCAGAGAUACGUAGCUGCUCUGUUAGCAAUCUUCUAUUUUACCUAUUUGAUUGUCUUAUUUUAAAGCUCUUCAUUUGCACUUUGACAAAGUAUUUGUCCUAUAUUUCUCAAAUUAGAAUCUCUAAUAUUGAAAGCAUUAUGAUAACUAAUUUAUUUUCAUUAAAGAACAUAAGUCCUUUGGCAUUCCUUUCUGCUUUCCUUAUUUGAUCUCCUUUUUGUUUCCACCUGUAGCUUUUCGCCUCCAAUUUGCUAAUGCUUUUUGUUACACUAACAAUCUAUAGAUGCACCUUUAUGUCCCCGGGUUACCAUCGCAGGUCAGCGAUUGUCCCUGCAGUAAAAACUGUCAAACGUUAACAUUAGUCAGCUAUCCAUUGGUAUUUAUUGUAGCUGCACAUAUUUAAAGACAAAAUGUCUGAAGGCAUUUUGUCAUGAAUAUGUUUUGUAUAACUGAGGCUUCAACUCUUCAGAUAUUCUGCUCCUUACACAAGUACUUGUUGAGUAAGAGGGAAGCCGGGUCCAUCACGCCAGGUCACAUGUAACUGCUGUCUCAAUGAGUCUUCCCACUCUCUGGACACUACCUAGUUUAAUUUCCAUCGUACAUAAAGAUAGUUGUUCCACAAGCAAAUAUGGUCAGAAGCCUCAAGUGAAGGGUAUUGCAGCUUGUAAAAGUAAUUUCCAAAAUGAAACACAUUCAUCAUAAACAAAGCACAAACACGUGUAGCGGUUUAUACUUUCGGUUUAAUCUCAAUUUGUCUUUUUCCCCUGGACUAGAAAUCCAGUAUAGUUUGCCAUUAAUUUAUUGACUCUGGGUUUGGACCAUGCUCUGUAGUGUAGCUGCACGUACGUCCUGGUACUGUGUCCUCUGACCUUUACGUUCCAUAGGCUUCAGAAGGACAACCGUGGAGAUCACCCUUGCAUAAACUCUAAUUUGCACACUUCACAGCUACUACCCGUGCAGCAAUUGCUUUAUGCGGCUGUAAUCCAUAACCCGUGAAGACAGCACAUCAUCUAAAUCUCAUUCCAAAUAAUAUUUCUGUGUAGUGUUAGCUGUGAAUUUACCCUGUACAGCUGUAUCUCUAUAAAUAUAAUUCCAUGUAUUAAUAGUCACAGAAAGACUGUAAGUGAGCAACUAUUUUUAUGAAACGCACCACUAUGGAUAAAUUAACUUUUACAGAAAUCUUGUUUACUGUAUGAUAUUCUAAAACACUGUCAAAUAAAAUAUAUAUCCAAAAAUCUUUUCUUUUUCCAGCUA